CCACCUCCCGUCCGACAUCGGAGGUGUUGUAUCGGGUCCACGGGGACGCUGACCUGUUACUCUGAGGUUCAGGCCAGAGGUCAGGAGUACCUUCUGAGGCUGAACGAUGGAGCCAGGGACGAGAAACUGGUUUCCUAUGAGCUACUGAACGAGAACCCUGCGGAGCCAUUGAGAGUCAUCAUCUCAUCGCAGGCUCUCUACUUCUUCAGAGACAGUCCCCCUGACCCUCAGUCCCUGUCUGAGAGGAUUGACCUCAAUGACCUCCAGGAAUGCCGAGCCUCCUCCAGCAAGACCAUUCAUUCCCUCUCUCCAGCAAUCCCGUCAUUCUACAUCGUCAUGUCCCUGGUGGAACCUCCCAACACGACCAGUGAUGGGAGAAGAUCCAACACAAAGCUCAAGUGUUCAAAGGAAGAAAAGGCAAUAAAGGUUGCCCAGCUCAUAAACUAUGCCAAGAAUCUUCACGAGGAGGAGAAGAGAAUUGUUAGAACUCUCAGACUUCAGCAGGACACCAUCUGGUAGCCCGUAGACCACACCCACAUCAAUCCGCUCACCCGUUGACAAGUCAUUUUUAUUAUUUGUUGUUCUCAGUCUGCAUGACCCAAAUAUAGUAUUGGCAAAGCAAAGCGAGCCUACCUAGUUGUCUGGAAAA